AUGACCUGUGUUGUUGUUGCGUCUCACAGAUCAGCCGAGCGCAGGCGUAGCUCCGUGGUAGUGAGUCUGCCGGGACUUGAGGUGUUCCCUGGAGACCUCCUGGUGUCAGACAGUGCCAUGGACUACCUGUUCCACGCAGCCCUGCUGCUAAGCGCAGAGUCCAAAAAGCCAAGGUGGCCAUUUGCCAAAAGAGGAAUCGGUAAAGACAAACAGAAGCAAGCAUCUGAUCUGGAAAACUGUCUUUCAACUGUUAAGAUCAUAGACUGCAGCACUUACGAUUUUUUCUGCUUUAAGAGUAAAUCUUGGCAUGAAUUUAUAAAGACGCGACAGACUGAGCAGAAAGAUGUCAACAGCCGGGCAGAAGUGGAAAAAGAAGCAGCAGUGUGGGAACUUUUCACAAGUGAAUGUACUUACUUUCUGGAUCAUUUGCUGGUUCUCAAAAUGAUAUUUAUGAACACUCUAAAAUACCUCCAGAGUAACGAAUUUCUCUUGGAUGUGGAUUUGUGGAGACUUUUCUCAAACUUAGAAGACUUAAACAAGAUCAGUCUCAGUUUUGUGAAAACAUUUUUUGAAAUUGUGAAGGAGCACAUCAGCAAGUCAGACUCUCUUAUGGAUUUCACCUCCAUACUCAGAAAGUUUUUCCAGGGUGACCUCUGCCAGACACACCAGAUUUAUUGCCUUAAUUAUACCUCCGCUGUCUUCUACUUGGAAAACCUGAGACAGAGAGAAGAUUUUGGCAUCUACCUGAAAUGGUGCGAACAAAACGAGCAGUGCAAGCGGCUGCAUCUGCCGGAGCUGCUGGUCGCUCCUUUGCAUCGUCUGACGCGCUACCCCCUCCUCCUCAACAACAUCUGGAAGAGGAGCACUGACGAAGCAGAGAGAGGUUUUAUCUGGUCACUUAAAGAGACGGUGGAAAAGUCCAUACGGGAUCUGGAAGGUAAAGUCAAGUGGCUGGACAACUUUCAGAAGUUCAGGCAGCUGCAAGAGGUCAUAAUUUGGCCUCAGGUCUGGGAUCGUGACAAGAGAUUCUUUGUCCCAGAGUGUUUGAAGCAGAGCUUAAGAGAAAACAGCAGUGAAAACAUUUUGUCUUCAGCGAACAGACUUCUCCUUCAUGAAGGGAGGCUGGCGCUAGCAGAAAGCACAAGACUCCUUGAUGUCUACCUCUUCCUAUUUGAUGAUUUGCUAUUAAUUACCAAGAUUAAACGUAACAAAAAGAAAUACGGGGGCUCAGACACCAGCUUAAUCCCAGUCUGUCCUUCCCUCACUCCUGAGCUGCAGUCAUUCAUAAGAGGGGGGGGGGUUUGCACAGUCCUGGACCAGCCCAUCCCACUCGACAGGCUGAGACUGAAAAACGUUGACCCCAUCCAUGUUACAG